UUACUCUUUUAAACAUUGCUUUAAUUUUUGUCUUCUUAUUCUUGCGUGCACAAUCCUGUCUUUCCUUUUGGAGUGGAUGUGAAGUGUCAGCGUCCACCGAGACUUCCCUUUGCCUCUGGGAGAUUUUGUUUUUCUCCUGUUGUGCGUAAUACCCUCCAUGGUGUAGCCCCAUCCACCGACACUGGGGGGGCUGAACCAGUGGAAGGGGUGUGUCGUUAUAAGAGGGGAGAGAAAGGGAGCAGGCAAGCAGUUGAACAAACCAAGAAGCUGAAGAUUGGACAUAACCACCACACCUCAAGACUGAAAGUGAGAAAGAGACUGACAACAACCCCUUAUCGCAGACGGCAGAGCUCCCAGUGGCUAUUACUUUUGUUUAAUCCGGUGUGUGUUCCGUGAAGAAGUCAUGAAGACCCCUUUAUGGACCCUGCUGCUCUUAUGCUUGUGCUCCGCGGGUCACAGCGACUGCCAAGGGGACUGUUUAACCUGUGGACUCAUCCUACCUGAACAUCAAGCUUUUAAUACAUUGGUAUGUAUCCUGGAAUGUGAGGCACGGGCUUCUCCUGCAUUGACCUGGGAUUUGUGUUACCAAGCAGCGGGUCUGAACCAGCUUCCACUACCGUUACAGCAGGAGGAAACAUCAAAGCGCUCUGAUGAUGAAGGGGAGCCUCUGGCCACAGUGAGCAUAGAGAAUGACAAUGGUGUCGAGUAUACUGAGGCUUUGGAGCGGUUUCGACACGCCGCGCAAGCACUCCGCAGCCAAAAGCCUUCAGAGGAGGAGAAACUCGGAAUUUCAUAUGACCCAGACCUUGACCCGGGGACAGAGGAGGACCAGGAUGGUGUAGGAGAGGAGAAGAGCGGUGAGACAGCCGUGAGCGUAUCCAAGCGGUUUGGAGGUUUUAUGAAAGGUCGUCACGGUUUCCGGAAAUUGGUGAGCUCCGGAAGGCCUUUGCAGAAACGCUACGGUGGCUUCAUAGGGAUAAGGAAAUCUGCCCGCAAGUGGAACAACCAGAAGCGCGUGAGUCAGCUACUGAGGCAGUACCUGAGCUUGACGGGCCGCUCGGGGCGUAACCUCUCCACCAGAAUCCGAAGACAGAAUGAAGUUUAGAUGGCCUUUAUAGUACAGGCCCUGGUCUUUUCACUUACCUCAACUCAACUGCUCAUCAGCCAUCAGUAACUGUGAACAUCUGUCAUGCACCACAGCCAGGCCAGAACUAGAUAAAUCUGUGUUUAAUCAAACAAGAGGAAUAUUUUGUUUAGCGUUGGUUUUUAUCAUUAACAUUUCCAUGGUGCCGUUCCAGACAUCAAAUACAUCUCAAUCAAGUCGUUAGGACAAAUGUUGCUGAUGAGAACUGAUUGUUUAUUUCAGAAUCAAAACUCCUAGAAUUAACCUUGAAGCAUUGUGAAAAAAUAAAAUAAAAGGCAAAGCAGUGAAACUUGAGCACGUGAAUCAGUUACAAAUGAGAGCUGUGGGUUGUAGUG